AUGCCUCCAAACCGCCGGUGUAGCUUCAGAAGAAAGCUGAAGAAGAUGCAGCUCAUGAGGCCAAAUUCCGCAGCCUUGCGAUUGCCGGAAACUGGACUCAAAGCUGAAUUGUUACAGCGAAUUUUACAGCACUUUAACGACCACCCGGAACUCAAGAAAAAUCAACGCUAUGAAGGUUUAUUUAAUCUCACUCAGUCUCGCAGGCACCAUCUCGAAAACAACAAUGUUGCUCCUGAAUUCCCAGAAGAUAUGAUUCCCCCAAAUUCGAUUCACCAACCAUCCAGGUAUCCACCGCAGCCUGUCACUCAUUCCUCAAUGCUAGGCAUGGAUCUGAGUGUGCCUCCACCCAGCCAUGCACCUCCAUAUCAUCCAAUGCACCAUUCUGUACCUCGGUCUCCACCUGUUCUUCACCCUCACUUCACACCGGCUGGUAGACUUCUCGCCAGUACAUCUCAGGAUUUUCAAGUUGGUGGUGGAAUGCAGAUGUAUGACAUUGGGGGCUCUGGUAAUGCAGGCCAUCAGCUGUACAAGUCAGGACUCUAUCGACAGUACCAUUAUAAUCCCAAUAAUUACUAUAUGAACCACAAUCCACAAUAG